AUGGAUUUCUCUCUUACUCUUGAAGAUGACACUUGGGACCGCUUCUACCACCCCGAUGCAGACGACGAGGACCCCCCAACAAUGGACGAAAUCCGAAUCGUGUGGGAAUUUGUUGAUCGCUACGGGACUCCUCAGGCCAUUGCAGUAAACGAGGCUGCUCGGAACUUUAUGUCCCUUUGUAAUGAUGACCGCCACGGUGGUAUUGUCGAUAGAGGCGAGCGCGUCGGGUGGUUAUUGUGGGAUGUUGGGAUUGAAAUGCCGCAGUACCAGCCUGCCAUUCUGAAGUUGGUAGAGGCCAUACGAGCGCUGCCAGGAAUAGACAGAACCGAAGAGCAAAUUCGCGUCUGGCGAUUCAAAGAAAGGCUGGAACGCUGGAGGGACAUGGAGGCAUUUGAUGAGAUUUGGUUCACGGCUUACCAACGUUACCGGGAACAGAAAUACACCGGGGACGCCUUUACUGAAGAAGCCUGUUCUGACUUCGUUAACGCCAAUGCAUUCAAUGCGCUUCAUCUUGUAGCCUAUCCCCCGGAUCCUCCAUGUUCUUCGCAUGAACUUGCCAGGGCAUUUUGGCUCAUCGGUUUCACGCUGGAGCAAGAUCCAUGGAAUCAUCUACCAUCAUGGUUACAGGAAACAAGCACUUCUGGACGAGUGAGUGACCGUACCUGGUACAUCACAUCUUUAAACGCUAAUGUGCAUGCGCUGGCGCCUUUUAUUCAAAUCGCCGGACAUAUUAUCUUCCGUUUUGUAAACAAGAAGGACCUCGCCUGGCUGGAAUCUGUGAAAUCAGAAUACCCCGACUCUGAUCUGUGGAAGGGAAGUACCAUGUUCACACUAGAUCGCUGGGAGUUUUGGAGAGAGCGACUGCGAUGGAUCAGUGAGCAAAAUGUUCUCAAAGAAAGGACGCGAGAUGAUGCUCGGAUGUUAGAGAAACUUAUGCAGAAUAUUCAGCAACAUAGUGAGGGAAGUGCCACAGCAUAG